AUGGCGUCGAAGCCCAUCACACUGCAAAUACGCCCACGAGGUAGGCAAACCUGGCUGAAACCAAGACCUGCCGAGAAGCACGUCCCCCUUGACAGUCUCCCUGCUCACACCUCUACAGGAAAACCCAUAAGAUCCCUACCGGAGUCCAUCGACCUGAAACCCGACGCCUCCACAUCCGAGUUGUACUCCGAACUUGCACGCAGGACCAAAUACUCGAUCCACCAGCUGCGCGUGACCAAGGGCUCCGAUGGCACUGUCGUGGUCAAUUCUAAAGAUACGUCGGUACACCAGAUCGGUCUACGUGAGCAGAGUACGGUCUAUGUAAAAGAUCUGGGGACACAAGUGGCAUGGCGGACAGUCUUCUUGGUCGAGUAUUUUGGCCCGAUCCUGAUACAUCCAUUGAUGCUGGCUCUCCGACCGUACAUUUACCCAUCCGCUACUAAGGAGGCGUCUCAGCUGCAACAAACGCUCUGUAUAUUGAUAUGCUUGCACUUCGUCAAGCGGGAGCUGGAGACCUUGUUUGUCCACCGCUUCUCGGCUGCUACUAUGCCCCUCCGCAACAUCUUCAAGAACAGUUUCCAUUACUGGAUUCUUUCUGGCCUCAUGAUCGCAGCUUUCAUCUAUUCCCCUUACUCCGCGGCAGCACAAGAGCCGAACCCACUGCUCUUCUAUCCUGGAUUGGUUAUCUUCGCCCUGGGGGAAUUGGGCAAUCUUCAAACACAUCUCACACUGAAAGGGCUCCGGAGCGCAGGAGGGACCGAACGUGGCAUCCCCCAGGGGUUCUUGUUCAACCUCGUUACCUGCCCCAAUUAUAUGACGGAGACCAUCUCUUGGAUUGGGGUUUACCUUCUCAGUGGCCUGAGCUGGGGAGUACUCAUCUUUCUUAUCGUCUCCGUCGUUCAAAUGGGGCAAUGGGCAGCAAAGAAGGAGCGAAGAUAUCGCAAGGAGUUUGGUGACAAAUACAAGAAGAAGAAGUUCACCAUGCUUCCGGGCAUUUGGUAA